AUGGAGCUGCCGCUGCCUCCGUCGCCGGCUGAAGCCCCCAUUCUCCAGGAGUUUUCACGGCCGUGGAGAGCUCUGCGUCUCCCCGUUCCUACCAGUUCCAGCGAGGAGGAGGAGGAAGUGGAGGAAUCGCUGCUGAAGUGCUACUACCCGCAGUACUCUCCUCCAGAGCCGACCUUUGCGUCGGAGGUCCGCAUGCCACCUUUCCUGGAACCGCGCGUGGCUGUGCCAGAGUCCCAAGCGUUCCUGGUCAUCCCCCGGAUUCGCUUCACGCUCGGAACGAUUGAGCCGCUGGUGUGCAGGAUGUUGGUGUAUGACGUUGCCCAGAGCUGCCGCGUGACUGAAGAGUUCUGCUUCCGGAUCCCUGGCCCCAUGCUGGACAAGACGGACUGCACGAUACCCCCGGCGGCGCUCAUGUAUCUGCUGCCGAUGAAGAGUCCGUACCUGGUCCUGAAAGUCUCCAAGGUGCUGGUCGGAGAUGGCGAUAUCGCGACUGCGCCCUACUGCGCGCCUGACAAGUUUGCGUCCCCUGCGGAGCAGCAGAAGCUGGUGGACAAGGCCGUGGACUGUGGAAUGCGCCUGGGUCGAUUCCAGCAGCCACUGGCGUGGGGGGCGAUGCCCCUCGUAAAAGGAGCGAAGCAGUCGAUGACUCUCUACAGACAACGCGCGUGCAUACCCGAGGAGCAGCGUCUGGCGCUGAUUUUGGACACCAUCCGAGGCACUUUGAACGUCGGUGCCUCGAGCGAGCAGCAAAAUGGUGACAAGAUUCUCCAGUGUCGAGAAGUUCAGCCGUUGUGUCCGCCGUCCUUCGUCUCGGCGUCUGGCAUUGCGGCGUCAGGGCCAGUGGCAGUCUCGUACGUCAACACGCUGUAUCUGUACCCGCUCCAGAUCGAGAAGUGCCAGUACCGCAACGUCGCUAUCCGAGUUCAGCUGCUGCAGAGAGAAGUCGACACUGUGCGUGGGCUGGAGGAGACGGAGGAUGCUGUUCUACGAGCGGUUUACCGAGCCAACAACCAGGUUGGGCGGUCCGCGUAUGCGCUCGUCGGGUACCACCAGAAGAACCCGCAGUUUGAGGACGAGAUCAAGAUCUGCCUUCCAGUAUCCUUAACGACGGAGCACCAUAUCCUGUUCACGUUCUACCACGUCCACUGCAAGAAACUCCAGCCCAACCAGCCCCAGCAAGAGCUCAUCGGGUACGCCGCUCUCCCUGUCUCGAGGAAGGACGGCACGAUCAUCCAAGAUGGCCGGUAUACUGUGAACGUCACUCCUGCUCCAGUGUCGUCAAAGCCGUCGGCAUCUGGAGGAGCUAUCUCCCUAUCCCCCGGAUACGUCGGAGCCGUGCGAGACGCAGUUGUGGACAACACGAAGACCGUCUUCAGCUGUCGCAGUCGCGUUGUUUCCUCGGUCCACAGUCAGGAUAGUGCGAUUGCAGAGUUUCUGAGUCCAUUCCACGGCACCCGGAGAACAGGCGCUUCCAAGGACGCCGCAGCCAACGAAGACGCGAUCGUCAAGCGGCUGGUGGGUCUUGUCCAGAGUGACGCGUCAAAUCUGCGCUACUAUUUCUUCAUGAUCGCCAAGUUUGUGCUUGGGUACUUGCGGUACGGCACCUCAAUCGUCCGGUGGUCUGCGUUCCGCACACUCCUCGCCGUCAUCAAGAAGAUCACGAGUGAUCCUCAGGGCAAACCGAAAAGUGACGAGGUCGGCCGAGUGCUUCAGUACGUCCACAUUGUGUUCGACGAGAGAUCAAUCGAUGAUCCAAUCGACUCCAAGUCGCCAGUGAAACGUGAACGCAAGUCCGUCUUCGGCGCGCUGCUCGAGACGUGGCUGAAUGUGCUAAACAACAAGACCUCGAUCGAGGAAAACACCGACACGCUGGCCAUGUCUCGAACGUACUCGAAAGUGCUCCUCCAGCUGAUUUUGAAGUCCAUGGCAAUGACCUUGCUUGACCAGCGUGACUCACCUGAUGCAGAGGACAGCUCGCUGCCGAUAUUGCUGGCCAAGAACGACGAGGUGGUGCUUGAGCGGGUGCUGAUCCAACUGAUGGCGUACGCCCGUGAUGACCCGUCAAAAGAUCUGACCGUAAAGAAAGAUGUCAACUCGAGCGUGGCCUUCUUCUGCCGCGGCAUCUUUCUCAUCGUGAAGAACGCGUUACCCGCUCGCGUGAUCGACCGCUGCGUCAAGUGGAUCAAUGUCCAGGGCGACGCAGCGAGUCUGAGCAACACGUGGUUCCCGUUCCUCACCAAUCUGGUGGCGUUUGAGUUUUUCCCCACGAUAAACGGCGCCGUGCCAGCUCAGGACAGCAAUCUCGCGAAAAGACGAGCCUGGCUAGCCAAAGCUGUCUUCGUGAAGCUGCUGCUCAUUGUGGACAAGCAAACGGAGCAUACGACUCGAGUCUGGGCAGCGCGAUUACUGCGCUGGAUGUUUGCAGUCCAAGCGUACAACCCUUGGUAUCAAAGCCCAGAGCGUCAAGAGAGAAUCGCGCUUCUAGUAGGCGAUGACCUCUCCAACACGUUGAAUGGCGUACUCAGUCCUGCGAGAGCAGCACUGGAUCUCCAGAAAGAGUUGGUGGGUUGUGUCGGCCACCUUCUCAGCAGCGUGUCAAGCUUGCAUCUGCCGUUGUUCUUCCAGCUCACCAACGGAAGCUCCGAGCAGCUGAGCUUUACUGAGGCAUUGAGCUUCUACCAUCGCGUGGUAAGUUACUCGCUGUUUGAACUGAGAUGCCGUCAGCAGAUUUACUAA